UCUGCUCUGUGACCCUCACAUAAAAUCACUUUAUACACGAUCCAAACAAAAGGGGUGACAUUCAAUCAAAGAGACCAGGAGAACCAAAUCAAGACGCAAAUAUAUAUUACCAUGACGAGUCGUUUUUUUCUCGUCUUCCUUGUGGUAAUCUCGACCAUCGCUAAUGGAACGUUAGCAGCAGAUGCUGAAAAACCUCAACCUGUAGACAACAAAUCAUCACCAGCAGACAACUCUACAAAGAGCUCGAUAGAUAGUCUUGGUCCGGCUCAAGAUUAUCCUGAUUAUGAAAUCCCUGUAGAACUUGCACCGGACGGUAUCGAGGCGGUGGCUGAUUACGCGCCCAUUAGCCCCAACGGAGGACUUGCACAACCCGAAGCAGAAGUAGAUGUUAGAGCCUCGCAGUCUAGCUCCGCCUCUAGAUCUUCUUCAACAGUUUGGACCGUUGUUGUUGCUGUGGCGGGAGGGGCCAGAUUGUUUUUCUUUUGA